AUGGAGAGGAACCACGCAAUUAUCGCCAUCCCUGAGUCUCAGCCAUCCGGAGAUUCCGCGCCAAGAUCCAAUGCCGUCUUAGCCAACCAAAGAACCCCCCUGCCAAGCUUUGACACUGCUCACCAUGGAUGGGAUGCUUCCAAUGUAUCCACUGCCAAGUGCGACCUUUGUCAUAAACAACGCUGCGGGACUCUGCAAAAGUGCCGCGACUGCAAGUUAUCCAUUUGCCAAGACUGCUGCGUCGCUGGCCGCUUGCAGAAUGAUCGGAGACACACAAUAGAUGCUACAGCUGUCAGUUGGGAUGUUCCACCAAACAUUCGUAAACGAAAGAACCGGGCCCAGGAAAACAAUGAGGAUCCACCAAACACAGUGAAAAGACAAAGAGCUGCGAAGAGCACAAGACGAGGGCAGGAGCAAUUGCCAGCUGAAGACUCAACGGAGACAUCAACCGCGGAUAAUAGUCCAGCAGCCAAACACAAGCCAGUUCCUGAAACUGAUGGUAAAGAUCGAGCCUCAGACACAGAGUAUAAUCAUGGCAAUCCUAUAGAACCACCACUUUCUGUGGCACCAGCGCUACGUUACUCUCCUUCCAGCUGCACUCAAUACACGGACACAAUCUCUUCAAGGUAUCCCGCUCAACAUGCACGAAGCACUUUCAGUCCUAGCCAUAGGAGGCUUCCGUUUAUCGAAGAGUCUAGAGAAAACUACGACCCAAACUGGGUUCCUUCUGACAAUAAAGGCUACCCCAUAGCUUCGAUCCCAGACCCGAUAUCUGGAUAUCCUGUCUCCGUAACAGCAAGCAGAGUCUCUCAGCAUGUCACCUCUCAACCCGUCCUUCCCCCAAUUUCAUUCUUGGUUCCAGAAAAGAAUUGGCAGCAACAUCAACCUGCCGAGAAUCUUGGGACUGGUUUGAACGUUGUUGAUCGAUUGGAAGAUCUUCGACACCAUCAUCAGCAACCUACAAGGGAAAUGUGGCCGCAGCACGAUUACAUCAGCUCCUUGGGCAUCAAGCUUGCUGACGCAGCUCGCAGGAAGCAAUUGUCCAAUUCUCACUCGAUGCCGUUGGAUGGAUGCCUCCGUGAUGAAAUCCAGAUCGAGUGGGAUUCCCAUGAAUUCAUAGCUAGAGAUCGCGAUGCUGGUCGUCGGUAUCGGCAGAUUCUUGCAGCUGCGUACUUUGCUAGCACUCAUCUCGGCCUUUCGCCACAGUUCAACGUCGCACGGGAGUGGCUACGUGAGAAGGAAUUCGAUUUGCGCGGGAUGGGCUAUGAGCCUACAAAGUCCAUACCGCUGAUGAACUUUCUCCAAGAGGUUGGAGUGUGGUAUCUGCGGCAAGUUCAACGGUAG